GUGAAAGCAGCCAUCGGGAAGAUCCAAGGUAGACAUCUCAAUGGGAGAUAAGGGACAGUUAUGGAAGAAGAUAGGAAGGAUCAAGCCCUUCUGCCGGAGUUUCUAAGUGUAUCAACGAAUAUCGCGCACCAGAAAAGCGCAAAAUGAUGAAAGAUAAACAUAAUAUCGCUAAUCUUGCAAUAUGCAUCCGGGGGAUCGGCAGGAUCGGCAAGACCGGCCGAGAUAACGUACUUGUUUUCCGAUAGCCAUGAUGAACGAUUAAGUCUUCCACUUUCUCAAUUCAUGGCGUCAACCAAAAAACUUGGUGUACUACAGCUGAAUACCCAGUUCUAUAGGCCGCCUGGGGAUUGCGGUAAUCCGAAAUCGUACACUUAUCCAGUGGUCAUAUCCAUCGUCGAAGCAGCCACCCGCGAGACGGUAGUGUUGGGUGGAAGGGAAGGGCAAAUGGUGUUGGUAGACGCGUUCGUUAAAGAGGGAACGAGACUGAUGAAAGAGGAGAACGUCACCUGUUUAAUUACAAGCUGCGGUUUCAUGGCUGCAACGCACAAAGAGCUUGCUGAGAGAAUGCCCAUUCCUAUAGGUACUAGCGCACUUUUACAAGUUCGAUGGCUUCGGGAGCUAUUUGGCGGCGCACCUGACUCUGUUGGAGUUAUUACAUUCUCCUCCGAGAACUUCACAGAUGACUACUUUAAAGGUGUGGCGCUGGAUGUCGUUCCACCGGUCAAGGGGAUGCCAGUUGGGGGUGCCUUCCAUAACUGGAUGUCCUGCACGACGGAAUUCGACCUUGCAGCGUGCGAAGCAGAGGUCGUACAGGCAGCGAAGGACAUCCAAAGAGAGAACCCAAGAAUACGUGCAAUAUGCUUUGAGUGCACCAAUAUGCCACCUUUCACAACCGCAGUCAAGGAAGUUACAGGCUUACCUGUGUACUCGGUGUUGAUAUUGGCUGACUGGUUAUACCACGGCUGAAAUGUGGGUCAAUCUUUAAGCUGAGCGCUUUUGUCCGUGUUGCUUAAGACACGAGACAUUUCGCAUGUCGUGUCACGGGCUGAUAUCGUAAAAUAGUCCAAACGUACAAAAGAAUAUGAAUAUGAAUAACGUAUCAGUCCUGAGCGUAUCGUCAAUUUACAAGCGUCCAAACAGCUCUUUCCCUGGCAUUCUGCACGUGAGGCCACGAUCCAAAGCAGAAGAACAGAAAACGAACUAGAAUCAUCUCGACAAGAAGCUUUUACACCGGACAUCCAACAUUCCACGGUGCUUCAAU